AUGACGAAAUACAUAUUCUUCACCUAUGGCAUAAUCGCGGGCUACCAAAAAGGAUUAUUAGCUUCCUCUACAGCGCUAUUACUAAAAAGUUUAGGACUAAAAGUGACCGCAGCACGAAUAGAUCCUUUUAUACAGCUUGACGGCCGGAACCUCGAUCCAGGUUACACUUUUCUGUUGAAGAACGGCGGGAUAGCUGUUGAAGAACUGGGAAAUUAUGAACGGUUUUUGGAUACGGAUCUUGAUAUGUCACAGUAUAUUACUACUGGCCAAGUGCUUAAUGGCCUUAUUGAAAAAGAACGUGCUGGAGAAUUUCUUGGACGGACUGUGAUGCUUGUUGGUGAUGGCACUGAUAGAAUGCAAGAACUUAUUGAGAAUGCUGGAAUUGGCGCUGAUAUUUGUGUUUUUGAGCUUGGCGCGGAAAUUGAUCUUCCAGAUACACAAACAUGGUUAGAAGCCAUUGAUGAAUUCCAAACCAAAGUUGGAAUCGAAAAUGUAGCAUUUGUACAUGUUGUGCCGUUACUCGCGUUACCUGAUUCGAGCGUCGCCUCUAUCACGAAGCCGGCUUCCGAUAGUCAUCGAUCGCUUAUUACAAAUGGAAUAACUCCUGAUUUGAUUGCGUGCAUUUGCUCAGGCGAGCUGGAUGAAGAUACUCGUGAAAAGAUUUGCUUCGAGCCUUCUAAAGUAAUCCCUGUAUACACAGUUCCUACCAGCUACCAUCUACCAUUACUACUAGAACGCGAAAGCGUUUUAGAAUAUCUUACGAGACGCCUACGACUAGAUCUAAUCGAUAUUGAUCCGAAAAGAUUAGCAAUUGAAAAUGAAUCUCUAGAAAGAUGGAAAAACAUCGUUUCAGAUUACGAUAACGCCACGAAAUUUGUGACGAUCGCUAUAGUCGGUAAAUUCAAGAAUCAGAACGAUCUCCAUCAUUCUAUUACCCAAGCGUUGGAACAUGCUUCAAUAGCGUGCGGGAGAAAAUUAAUACUUAAGUGGAUUGAAGCAACCCGUUUGGUACCAAACAAUGAAAUCAAUACACCAGACCAAUAUCGUGAAGCUUGGGAGACUUUAUUCUCGGCUAAUGGUAUUCUUGUGCCGGACGGAUUUGCCCAUUAUGGAAUUGAUGGUAUUUUGAUGGCCGUGAGAUCUGCAAGAGAACGUGGGAUUCCUUUUCUAGGAAUUUCUCUUGGAUUUCUCGCAUCUGUCAUAGAAUUUGCGCGUAAUGUUUGUGGUCUAACCGAUGCAAAUUCCGAAGAGUUUGAUAAAACAGCGCCACACAAAAUCUUUAUCAAAGAUAACGAAGUAUUUGGACUCCAUCACACUAAUUUCCUCGAUGUGUCUGAAUGUUGGUCAAAAAUUAGGCGAUUAUACGAAAUUUCAAAUAAUCCCCAAUCAGACAUCAAAAUCAUAUCAGAGCGCCAUCAUCACCGAUACAAAUUGAAUAUCGAGUAUCUUCAGUAUUUUGAAGAUGCCGGGUUGAUUUUCGUGGGACGCAAUGAGACUGGCGAACGAAUGGAGAUAUUCGAGCUUAAAGACCAUCCAUUCUAUGCUGGCACACAAUUUCAUCCCGAGUAUAAAAGUCGCCCGCUUAACCCCUCGCCGGCGCAACAAUAUAAUAAUAAAUUAAUAAAAAUGGCAGCAAUUGGCCGACGCAUCCCUUUCGUUUUGACAAUUCUGCUCCUCUUUCUAUUAUUCACUGCGUUCUUUCUUACACAUCCACCAUACCGAUUUCAUCAAAGCAGGAUAAACACAUGGUUAGGUCCUAGCGUUGCCAUUGUAGUAUUAGUGGACAGGAAUGACACAUCUUCGCUCGUGACGAGAGAGGAGACCAUAGAGAAUAAACGUAAAUAUGCGGAAAAAUUUGAGUAUGUGCUUGUUGUGAAGAAUAUGAAGGAACAAGCGAGAGCACCCACGUGGGCAAAAAUACCAGCGUUACUUGAAACGAUGGAAGAGUAUCCGUCUGUGGAUUGGCUGUGGUGGAUUGAUGCGUCCGCUAUGAUCACAAACUCUUCAUUCCCAAUUACCACAAAUAUCCUUCGCUACAUCGACUCGACUCACUACGACGAUCGACAACUACUCAUAGGAUACGACUGCUUCGGUAUAAACACUGGGUCUUUUCUAAUUCGUAAUUCGCCGUGGUCUAGAAAAUUCCUGCGAACAGUUUAUGGACCGAAAUUUUUGGAAUAUGAUAAUGAGGAAAGUGUGGUGCAGAAAUUGAUUGAUGAUGAAGCGAUCGAAGUUGCGGAGAAGCGAGCAUUAAAUUCACUACCACCAAACACAUGUGACAAAAAAGUCAAAAAUAUCGAGCGGUACACGUGGCACAAGGGAGAUUUCGUAAUCAAUUUAUCUGGAUGCGGCGGAAAAUCAGGGUUAGACUGUGACAAGAUAACGAGAGAUGUCUGGCGACAUAUGAGCACAGAAUCAUCUUCUAAUCAGGAUCAUUCACCAUCGUCUUCAUCAAAAGCUCAGCAUUGA